AUGCACCCGGCCAUGGAUCAUGAUGCACACAAUGCGAAUACCAGUUCCCACUCCAUGGAAAUGAGAAUGCCCUUCGUCUUCUCUACCGACACAAGAAUCACCAUCUUCUUCCCUAGGUGGAUUACUUCAUCAAUUACCCAGUAUAUCCUGACACUGGUAUUCCUGUUCAUGCUGGCAAUAUUGAACCGCUUCCUCGGAGCUUUCAGAUUUCAACUCGAGCAAGCAUGGUCAAACCGCGAGUCUCAUUUACGCAAAGUUGAAACCGAGGUUUCGGGGAACCGACCUCCGAGAUCAAAGCGGAAUGCACUCCCUGUUUAUACACAGGUUAGUGAGUCUGAUGAUUCUGUGUCUACGGGAAGAGAGAAUUCACGGAGAGAAUUUUAUCCCUGGAAAUCAAGUGGGCCAUGGGGUCUUCGUAAAGAUGGCACGCGUGCGUUGUUGGAGUUUGGUAGGGCUUUUAUUGGAUAUGUCCUGAUGCUGGCUGUGAUGAGCUUCAAUGUUGGUGUUUUUGCCGCAGUGCUUCUUGGUGUGUUGUGUGGAGAAUUGGGCCUUGGGAGAUUCAGCCAAGGAAUGGCCGGGUGGUAG